AACCGUUCAUUAACAUAUACUUCAGCGGUUCGGCCCACCAAUUCCUUCGGGUGUUUUGGUGAAAUCCAUUGCAUUUCCCUCUCCGUCGGCUGUUAAACUUUAUUCUCCAUAUCUCUCUCCGGCGAAGUCAUCGGCGAUCUCUUUCUCCGGCAAAAUCAACCAUGAAGGUUAGGGCAUCAGUGAAGAAGAUGUGCGAGUUCUGUCGCACAGUCAAGCGACGUGGGCGCGUAUAUGUUCUAUGCACAGCUAAUCCCAAGCACAAACAGAGACAAGGCUAUUCAACAUUUGCCUCCGAAGGUCUCAUAUCAACCACGCCUGUAAUGACGAGGGUCACACAGGAUACUUCAGUAACUGAGGGUAUCCGCAGUGGUCUGACUUCUCUUGUUCCUGUGAAGACCGAGCCAACUGUGACACCUUGGUGGAAAAGGGGUCUGGUUUCCGUUCUAUUCAACAGUAAGCAGUAAAAUUUUAUCACAAAGAGUGCAACGCCCAGAUACUCCUAAACAUCGAUGCGUUCUUGAAUUUUGCUCAGCUUUGCUUCCUGUUUUUUCCUCUUAACCCAUCAUACCCUUAAGUUACAUGUGUUAUGUGUGCUAGUACAAUUACAAUGAACUAUAAGUGUGUUAGUACCUUCUAUUCUUGUUGUUAAUCACCUAGGCAGAUCUCCCUCUUCCCUUGCUUUCUACUAUGAUUGACCAUGAGAGUGAUUUAUCCAUCGAAAAAGAAAAAAAGAAGAUGAAUUUCAAUUUUCUUUUCUUUUCCCGUGGAAACUCAACUUCGUUCACUUUCAUUUAUUUGAUUGGUCCAUCAGAAAAAGAAAAAAAGGUCGAUGAAUUAUCCAUCAAAGCAGGUUGCUAGGGCUUGAGCUAUUCGAUGGAGCGCAGACACAAUGUUACAGUGUUGGACCGCGAAACCAAUAAAUGGAAGUUAUUUUCUUGUGCAAUUAGAACCUAUAUAUUUAUUUUGUUGGACUUUUGCUUGUCAGUGGAUCUGAACUGAACUUUUAAUAACUGUGUCAACAUUAUUGUAGCCCUUAUUAGGUGAAUUAUUGGAUGUCAAUUAUUUUGAUUACUACAUUUCAGCUU